AAUCACAAUGACCCAGUUGGCGGAGAAACCCGCCAAACGUCAACGAACAUUUGUGUGUCAAAUAUUUUUUAUCGCUCUUCUUCUCUUGCUGAUUGGAAAUUCAAAAUCUUUACGAUGUCGCACAGAUGAUGGUCCUUCGGAGGCCGAAUUGAAAAGGGUGGCAAGGUCUUGCAUGCGAAAGUUUGGUGAGAAUGCCUUUAAUACACAAAGAAAUCAACAGAACAACCAACAGGCCCAAGGACGUUCGAAUCAAAAGAACAAUCGAAAUGGUUACAACAACAACUAUCCGGAUUAUGGAGACAGCGAAGAGAGUUAUGAGGGUAACUAUGAUGAUGGCUAUCGUUCCCAAUAUUACCAGCGCGGUUAUCAAGAGAAUAAUCGCAAUGGCAAUAAUAGGGGUUCCAAUGGAAAUGGAAGAAAUGGUGGUAGUGGAGGAGACUAUAGUGGCUAUAAUAAGGAUGAGGAUCGCUAUGGAAACAAUGAUCGAAAUCGUCAACGCUCCAAUAAUCAAAACAAGUCAAAUGGUAAUAAUCAGUGGUAUCAACAAAAUCAAAGGAAUGAUGGUGGUGGAGGUUCAUCACAAAAUAACCGCUCUGGCAGUAAUAGUAAUAAUAACAACAACAACAACAAAAACAAUAAUAACUACAACAAUAACAACAAUAGAAAUAAAAAUAAUAAUAGUUAUGGCAACAAUAAUAAUAAUAAUAGCAACAACAACACCAAUUCGGAUGCGGCAUGCAUUGCACACUGCUUCUUUGAGGAACUACAUAUGUUAAAUAAAAACAGCUAUCCAGAUCGUCAUAAAGCUGUCUAUGUCCUUACUAAGGAUAUGCGAGAUCAUGAAUUGCGCAAUUUCUAUACAGACACCAUACAGGAGUGCUUUCGUUAUUUGGAGUCACAAAGGCGUCGAGAGAAAUGUCUAUUUUCACGAGACUUGAUUUCCUGCAUGACAGAAUAUGCCAAAGGAAAUUGUGAAGAUUGGAAUGAGUUCAGCACAAUGUUUAAUUAAAGUUAAGAAAUAUUUUUGAAAACAAAAUAAACAAAAAAAUAAUCAAUAAAGGUUUAUGGGUAUCUAGUGAA